AAUGGUUAAUUUUGCUACUAUCAUUUUUCUUUUCUUUUCAUCAUGCUUUAAUUAUAUUAAUUAAUGAUAUAUUCGUUGACGUACAUUGUCGGCAUCAAAAUUCAAAUGGCUAAUUUCUCUGUACAGUAACUUAAAUCUCCAUAGCUGAGCUGAAGCUCCUAUUCUUCUCUGUAGUAAUUAUUUGUUCUUUGACAUUUUGUGCUUCAGUAGGGGUUACCGUUUUAGUGGUUUUCAUGUUUACUUCUCAAUUUUUCGGUACUAUUUUGUUUGUUUAUUCUGAAUAGAGGUGACGAAAACUCCCUGCAAGCUACUGGGUUUUGUUAGAUGGGGAUUGAACUUCAAUUCCAAAGGUUAUGCUGUGUUCAUAGCGUCAAAAAAUUGUUAUCAAUUUUUGGAAUUGUUAUAGCUGUUGUUGCGGUAAUUACGCAAUUAGUGGCCCUUCCAUAUGAGAAUUACAUAUCUCUUCUAUCAAAUGCGGAUGGAGUUGGGUUCGAAGCUGAAACUGAUUUGGCCACUGAUGAAAAUAGGAGUAAUGUGGAAGUUGAUUUAGUGUUAGGGUUUCAGAAAUUGGGCAACAGUAGUUAUGUAGAAAAGAGAUUGAAUGCUAAUUCAACUAUAGGGUUUUAUUUGAAUGUAAGUACAUAUUCAAGUCUAGGGAGAAUGAGGAAUGAAUCGGGUCAGAUUUUGCAGCUUAAGCUACCUGCAGCUCGUCCAAAUGGUUGGGAGAAUGUGAUUGCAGAUACCGGUAAUAAGUCGGUAUCGUUAUCGGAAAAUGAGGCAACGAGUUCCAAUUCUAAUAUGUUACGAGCUGGUAUCAACAGUAAGAGUAGAAGACCAGCAUCAAUCUCCUACAUGAACUCUUUAGUGCAGCAGAAUUCUAGUAUUAGUUUAGUGAGAUCACAAUGGCGUUCUGCACGUGAAGGGGAACUCCGAUAUGCAAAGGUUCAGAUUGAAAAUGCUCCGAUAAUAAGUAACAUCCCUGAAUUUCAUUCAUCUGUCUUUCGAAAUUAUUCCAAGUUUAGGAGGAGCUAUGAGCUGAUGGAACGUGUCCUUAAAGUUUAUGUUUAUAAAGAAGGGCAAAAACCAAUAUUCCAUCAGCCGUAUAUGCGAGGUAUUUACGCUUCUGAGGGGUGGUUCCUGAAACUGAUCGAGAAAAACAAACAGUUUCUUGUGAAAGAUCCUAAAAGGGCUCACUUAUUCUAUUUGCCUUUUAGUUCUCUGAAGCUACGAGAAGCUCUAUCAAAACAAAAUUUUACUCAUCAGAAAGAUUUGGAAAAUCAUCUGAGCAAUUACAUUGGAAGAAUUUCUAGAAAAUAUCAUUUCUGGAAUAGAAGCAGAGGAGCUGAUCAUUUUUUUGUUGCUUGUCAUGACUGGGCACUCCGACUCACGAGGAAGAACAUGGAAACCUGUGUUAGAGUCCUCUGCAAUUCAAAUAUAGCUGGAGGCUUCAAGAUAGGGAAGGAUGUCUCUCUGCCAGUAACCUAUGUUCGUUCAGCUGAAGACCCGCUCAAAGAUUUCGGAGGAAAUCCUCCUUCAGCAAGACCUGUGCUUGCCUUUUUUGCUGGAGGUAUUCAUGGUUAUCUCCGUCCUAUAUUAUUGCAACAUUGGAGUGAGAAAGAACCUGAUAUGAAGAUUUUUGGGCCUAUGCCUCGUGAUCCUGAGGGUAAAGCAAAAUAUAGGGAACUUAUGAAAAGCAGCAAAUAUUGCAUCUGUGCAAGGGGUUAUGAAGUCCAUACCCCAAGAGUUGUGGAGUCCAUACACUCUGAGUGUGUACCUGUGAUCAUAUCAGAUAAUUAUGUGCCUCCUUUCUUUGAAGUUUUCGACUGGGAAUCAUUUUCUGUCUUUGUUUUGGAGAAAGAUGUUACAGACUUGAGAAACAUUCUCCUUUCAAUUCCUGAGGAGAAGUACAUGAAGAUGCAGCGUAGGCUGAAGAUUGUUCAACAGUAUUUCCUUUGGCACAAAAGUCCUGUAAGGUACGACUUGUUUCACAUGAUCCUUCACUCAAUUUGGUAUAACAGAGUAUUUCAGGUAAAAUCUAAAUAAGGAUGUCAAAGGACUUUGGGAUUUUGAAUAUGGAGGGACAUAGGAGAUAUGAUCCCGCAGAUAUCCCAGAUGAUUUGAACAAUCAUAUGCAGUUCCAGAUAUGAUCAAACUCUGGUUUAUGCAAGAAGAAUGUUCCUGCUUGGUAACUUCUUAAGCUUAACUAGUGAAUUGCUAUCAUUUGCGAGCUGAAAUAGGCACUAAGUGCUGAUGCCGUACACUUGUAUAAUUCUCUUGUAUACCUGUAUAAUACUCGCUCUUAUAAUUUACCUAUCAUUGCCAUUUGAUCUUUUCA